AUGGCAAGGAUGAGAAGAAAGAGUAUGUAUGGGGGCUUAGUCAAGGCUGACAUCCAUGGAAAAGAUGAGAAAACUAAAGCUCUGGCUGUUUUUCAAUCUGACCUAUUCGCAGAUUUCACCAGGUGGCAUGAAGUUUUUGAUAUAUCCCAGGUUUUAAUAUGCAAAGUGGUUGAAGGGCAGAAGAAAAAGUUGGAGUUGGAAAUUUCUAAUGCUAAGCUUAACUUUUCUGACACCAAGUCUUUCGUUGCCAAUGGUGCAUACGCAAACAUCGUGAACAUUCCUAAAACUCACCGGACUUUCUGUAAGAAAUGCGGCAAGCACCAACCCCACAAAGUGACACAGUACAAGAAGGGCAAGGAUUCUCUGUAUGCCCAGGGAAAGCGGCGUUAUGAUAGGAAGCAGAGUGGCUAUGGUGGGCAGACUAAGCUGAUUUUCCAGAAAAAGGCUAAAACUACAAAGAAGAUUGUGCUGAGGCUUGAGUGUGUCGAGCCCAGCUGCAGAUCUAAGAAAACUGUGGCUAUUAAGAGAUGCAAGCAUUUCGAACUGGGAGGAGAUAAGAAGAGAAAGGGCCAAGUGAUCCAGUUCUAAGAGUCUUUUGUUUUAUUAUGAAGACAAUAAAAUCUUGAGGUUAUGUUAAUUA